AUGCGAGUGUGGCAUAGCAGUGAGCUUGUUUUCUCACAGUUCCCCCUCCUCUCUCUCACGCCUCCAUGGCUUUCCCCCCCCACUGUUCCUCCUCCCCUCUUCCCCCCCGCCCAAUUCUACCCGCCUCCCCAGCUAUCCGCGGACACGCCCACCCACGCGCACCACCACUCCUCCUCCGCCUCACAGCACUCCCCGUCGCUCUCCUUUGCUGUCGCCGCUGCCGCCGCCGCAGCCACAGCAGCCAGCUCCCCACCAGCAGCGCCCAUGGGGGGCCGAGGGGGAGCAUCCCUCCUCGCCUCCUUCGCCGCUUCCGCCUCUCCCGCUGCCUCCAAGCCCGCUUCCCCUCUCCAAACCCUGCCUGGGCCGGCCCGAACCAGCUACGCUGCGCCAGGCUCGGUCACCGCCGCCAGCCUCCGAGCCUCCACCGAGGCUCCCCAGCAGCAGGGCGCGCAGCAGCCUGCUCAUCCCGCACCAGUGCGGCCAGUCCGAUCCUCCAGCACGGCCCAAUUCCCGUUCCGGGUGAACGACGUGGUGCUGAUAAAGGGCAACAAGCGCACGCCGGAGCACUUCAUCGGGCGCAAGGCCAUCAUCACCACGCAGUGCUUGAAUGGCUGGUACAUGGUGCGCACGCUCGACGGCGCUGCUGAUGAGGUGCGCCUGCAGUACCGGUCCCUGGUGAAAAUCCAUGCUGCUGGUGGGGCUGGUGGGGGAGGAGGGGGGGGAGGGGGAGGGGGUGGAGGAGGGGAUGGGGGGGUUGGUGGGGUUGCGGGAGGGAGUGUGGUGACAGGUGGGGGUGGAGGAGGGGGGGCUGGGGGAGUGGGGAGAGGAGGGGCGGGUGGAGGAGAGGGGGAGAGUCAUCGGCUGCUGCCGCCGGCGGGGGUGCCCAAGGGGCGAGGGGCGGGGCAUGGUGGAGCACGCAGGGAUACCAAAGCCAUGGGGCGGGGCAGGGGUGGACGGGGAGCAGGGAGGGCGGCAACGAAUGCGUCGCCCAUCAGCACGCCCGCGUCGCUCUGUGGCAGCCUCUCCACGCCCAACGCCUCCCACUGGACCGGUUCGGUGGCAGGUUCGGCAGCAGCGUCGGAUGCAGCAGGGGGGGCAUCACGGUCAGUGUCAGUGUCUGGUGACUUUGGCAUGUGCAGCGGGCCGGCAGGGGAGGUGGAGCAAGGCGCCAUGUCCACCACUCCCAGAAGCGGCAGUGGCACCUCCCAUGUCACCCGCAUGUCCCAUGCGGCGCCCAUGCCCCACAUGCCCCACGUGCCCCACAUGCAUGGUGCUGCUGCUGCUAUGGUUGGGAAUGCACCGCACACUAGCAUGUCAACGCCGCAUCAUGGCAUGCCAUCUGCCCACCACAGCUCAUCUAUGGCUCCACAGAGCACGGUGGUUUAUCCGACGGCUAGCAGCGCACCCACCACACCUGCAUCCAUUGGCCAUGCUGCCAUGCCCGUGCCUGCAAGCCCAGGCUCAGCCGUGCCUGCCAGUCCUGGUCCGGCUGUACCAGCGAGCCCAGGCUCGGUGGGGCGAGUGCAGCGAGGGCUGGGUGUGCAGGCGAGCCCAGGCUCGGCGACGUUCCGACCCUUGUUCCAGACAGGCCGGGGGUAUGCUGCGCAGAGAACCGAUCCUGGAGGUGGUUCGGUAGUGGACGGGGCGGCUGGUGCAGCAGGGGGAGCAGGAGGCACAGGUGAAGGUUCCGGUGUAAUGGGCGAGGGGACAGGGCUGACUGGUACAGCACAGGCAGGCGGAUUUGGUGCUCCACAGGCGGUGAGCUCAGCAGCAGUUGAGAUGUCAACAGCAGGGGCAGCAGCGGGUGGAGGUGUGGAAGCAGGGCCGGGUGGGACAGCAGGGCAGGGGCAUUCGCUGGUGGGGGUUCAGAGGCCACGUGAAGGGGUGGUGAGGAGUGAAGUGUAUGGGCAGCAAGUAGGUGUGCAGACUAUGGGACAGCACAUGGUGCAGCAACCCAUGGGCCAAAUGGGCCAAAUGGGCCAAAUGGGUCCGAUGGGAUUGCAGGCGAGUCAAGGCUAUGCGCUGCCAGGUCAGCAGCAGUGGAGCGCUGCACAGGGGCCAGGGCCGCGGCAAGGAGGUGCAGACUUGGUGCAGGGGUGGCAAGCAGCAGUGCAGGUGCAGGGGGCCACUGCUGUGCAAGGGACAGGAGGCGUGAUUCAGAUUCAGAAUCCCAUGAGCGUGGGUGCCGGGCAAGGUGGUGGUGCGGUGGUUAGUCAGGCAGGGAUGCUGCCAAGCCAGGGUGGCACGGCAGAGACUCCUACUUAUGUAAGCUGCCAUGCUCCCACCUGCCAUGUGCUGUUCUCUAUAAGUGCCGCCCUUUGCCUCCUGCUACCCUUUCUCGCCCUAUUCGUUUCAUCCCUUCCUUCCCUCUUUCCUCAUCUACCUCUUCGCUCCUCGUCCUUAACGCCUUUUCAUGCUAAUAAUUAUAUGCCCUCUCCCCUCCCCUCUCCCCUCUCCCUCCCCUCUCCCUUCCCCUCUCCCCUCCCCUCUCCCUUCCCCUCUCCCCUCCCCUCUCCCCUCCCCUCUCCCUCCCCUCCCCUCUCCCCACCCCUCUCCCCAUCCCUCUCCCCAUCCCUCUCCCCUCCCCGCUCCCCUCCCCCUCCCCUCCCCUCUCCCCACCCUCUCCCACCCCUCUUCCCACCCCUCUUCCCACCCCUCUUCCUACCCCUCUCCCCACCCCUCUUCCCACCCCUCUCCCCAUCCCUCUCCCCAUCCCUCUCCCCAUCCCUUUCCCCUCCCCGCUCCCCUCCCCUCUCCUCUCCCCUCUCCCCGCCCCUCUUCCCACCAAUCUUCCCACCCCUCUCCCCACCCCUCUUCCCUCCCCUCUCCCCUCCCCUCUCCCCACCCCUCUUCCCACCCCUCUUCCUACCCCUCUCCCCACCCCUCUUCCCACCCCUCUCCCCACCCCUCUCCCCACCCCUCUUCCCUCCCCUCCCUCCCCACCCCUCUCCCCACCCCUCUUCCCACCCCUCUUCCCACCCCUCUCCCCACCCCUCUCCCACCCCUCUUCCCACCCCUCUUCCCACCCCUCUCCCCACCCCUCUUCCCACCCCUCUCCCCACCCCUCUCCCCACCCCUCUCCCCAUCCCUCUCCACUCCCCGCUCCCCUCCCCUCUCCCCGCCCCUCUCCCCGCCCCUCUCCCCACCCCUCUCCCCACCCCUCUCCCACCCCUCGCCCCACCCCUCCCCCCACCCCUCUCCGUGCUCUUGGAUAUCCCCUGCAGGGCGCUGGUGAGUCCCCCAGGCAGCAUGGUGAUGGGGGUGGGGGGUGCGUUCCUGGACGCUGUGAGCCCUCCUUUUGGGGUUGUGAAGCGCGAGGAGCAGCAGCUGGAAGGGUUCUCCCUGCGGCAGCAGGACCAGCAGCAGCAGCAGCAACAGCAGCAGCAAGUGCAGCAGCAGCAACAGCAAUUUGCAGCACAAGAUAUGAAGCCGUCCAUGUAUGCGCCUAACGCUGCAACUAGGGAAGGCGUCUGCGGUAUGAUGGACAGCAACAACAAGGGCCCGGACAACAACAACAUUGUCUGCUUUGACUCCCAGACCGGCGCAGACAACAGCAACAAGAGGUCGGGAAACGGGUAUGCCCCCCCUACAGUAGCAGCACCGGUAUCACCACCACUGGCACCACUGGCAUCGCUGGCAGCAACAACGAGCCCUCUUCCCUCCCAGGCGAGCAGGUUGCAAUCUCAGACGCUGCUGCAGCAGCAGCAGGAGAUGCAAUGUGCUUUGCAGGGGACGGAGAGGGUGAGUACAACGAGGCCUUUGGGUGUGAGUAUGGUGAGAUGGGGCUUGAGGAUUUGUCACGUGGGGGGGCGACCUUGA